AUGGCGAACACUCCUUUUCCGUUCGAAAGACUACCAGCUGAGCUGCGUGCUGAAGUCUACAAAAACCUCCACUGUAAUACGAAAACGCUGGUGGUUGUCGUCAGAUUCUCUUAUAUCGAACGCGCUAUAGUCGCUGUGUCAAAGGCAAUCCGAAACGAAGCUGAAAAGGUCAUCGACGAGGAAACCCAGAAGUGUGGCCCGGCUCAGCUGAUCGCAGACUGCGAUUACUUCCACUUCGUCCCUGAAGUCCUUGCCGAUAUUCGAAAUGCCCGACAAGGCUAUGUCCCACCGAACAUGGGACUGGCCGAUGACGAGCGUGAGAAUUUCGAUACCAUAUUCACCCGCAGAAACCUAGUCGAGCAAGUUCGGAUGGACGCGGUUAUGUAUCAGAUGUGGACCCGCCUCGCGAAUCUAUACCUCAAGACGAACGAGCGAAUCGAGGUCGGUGUCUGGAUUGGGAACGACGCCGCUUGCGAGAAAUUUGUGGAACUGCUCCCCUCUGCCAUCGACGACAUCAUCAACCCCCGCUGGGACGCGUCCGACCCUGGCAUGUAUCGUCCCAAGUUCGCGGUGACAAUUGAAUGCUCAGAAGAGGUUGACGCAGAUGUGGAAGACAUCGUUCAGGAUUUCAAGGAUGCGCGUUUCGAGGUUAGCGAAGAACUGGAACCGGAAGAGAUGGAGUCAAGAUGGAGCCUUAAGACCUUUGACGGAGUUUUUGAAGAAGAGGAGCUGUCGAGCGACGAGUCCAGCGAAGAUUCAGAUGACGAGUUGGAUUGA